AUGUUCAACAUAUCCAACAUAUCCCACAUACCGGUAUCCAUUCUUUACUACGGUAUUCCUUGCCCUCGCUCUCGAUCUCGCUUCCACUACCUCCCUUUCAACGACAGCGCUCAGUUAGUCACACGUGAUACGCGGCUUCGGUACGCCACGCCACGCCGGGGCCCCUCAAAGAACUCCGAAGCCCUGAAUAUUGCUUGUGUUUCCUGGUACACUUGUGCUGCUGCUGCUGCUUAUAUGAAGAGCCUGUCUGCACUUCGACCAACUACUUCCGUGUGGAACGUCGCGAUACUAUCGGGCAAGUCAAGUCGCAGGAACACCGACAGUGUCCUCGGCUGGAUAUCUCAUGCGGCUCUUUCAGACCUCACUGCCUUGUAUUUUCGAAACAUAUCCCGCCGAGUCACGGCAGGGUAUUGCAUUGGUGACCGAGUUACACCACAGAUAUGUGCAAGCCAUCUUUUCGAGAAACCAUGGUUAUGGGCAGUUCGUCUAUCUUGUCUCCUUUCCCACUUCUCCGACUCAUGGCUGGGCGAUAUUCUGAAGUGGAGAGUUUGCAUGUUGUCGAUGCUGCCGGCCUCCCAUCUAAUCUAUCACCGUUGCAUCUAUCAUAUGCCGCGUUGUGUUGGACGAGACCGCUGGCCUUUUCUGUUUUCGGGCACAUACGCAUAUCCUUGGCUUGACGACUGGCAAUCCUAG